AUGCGGAUGCGGCCUUCAACGAAUAUAGAGUCUCUCCCGGAAGAAUUGUUGUACGAUAUUCUUCUAGAACUCCCGGCCGAAGAUAUUUACAAAGGGGCAAGGCUUGUUUGCAAGAAGUGGUACAAAAUGAUCUGUAACCCUAAAUUCGUAUACGCGCAUUUUCACAAUUCCACACCUGGACUUAUCGUCGAGUGCCGUUUCGAUUCCACUCGCCCCGUCACUUUUGUGGCAACUAGACGAGGCAGAAUCGAGGUAUCAAAGUUCAAUUUCGAGUUCAGAGGGGUAGUUUGGGGCAGUUGUAACGGUUUGAUCGUGGAGACUGUUUACGACGGCAUUAGUACUCAUUAUAUCACCAAUCCCGCAACGGACCAACGCUUUGAUCUCCCUAGAGAAGAACCCGACGACAGUUAUUCUGUUAUGUUAUUCUGUUAUGGCGGCUGUGCUGACGAUAUCUUCUCCAAGAAGUAUAAAGCCGUCAGCAUGUGUUGUUCUACGUAUAACGGUUCGAAGAUAUGGAGCUGUGCGGUGUUGACCGUGGGAGUCGACAAGUCUUGGAGAAAUCUUCUUACGGAACACUUAUCCGUCAGUGAACCGUUGACUACUGAAGGCUUCGUUCAUUGGCCUCACAACGAGGGCGAGGGUGCGUAUGUUUUCACUUUGAACGUAGAGACUGAGAUUUUUACGGUGACUCCCGUUCCUCAAGGUUGUGGUGGGGAAAGAUUGACGUAUUAUCUGCCGACCGGGAAAUCUCUGUCGUUGAUCGUUUUCUGUAAUGAUUUUUCGUUUGAGGUGUGGGAUAUGAAACCCGAAACCGGAGAAUGGACUACGGUUUUCUGGAUCGACUUGGAAGCUCGGAAGUGCAAAUUCGAACACUUGAUGAGCAAAUCUUGUCACUCUAGCCUCAUACCAGUCGGUUGGUUAAAUUACCCGGAGGCGCUGGCGUUUCGUAUUUCUGCAUCUCGGGGUUGGUUUCUCUACAAUGUCCGUACACAAGAAAUCGACUUGUUUGAGUUAGAUCGCGAUUCUAGUUGUUACAACUAUGGAGCUCAUAGAAAUAGCUUAUUAUGGUUAAAGUAUUAG